AAGGCAGUAAACGCAACAUCCAGGAUGACAGCUGCAGCAAAACAGAAAGACGAAGAAGAAGGAGGGGGCGGAAGAAGAGGAAGCGGAACAAGAAAUCAGGAAUCAGCUGUCAAAAAAGUAGCUGAAGUGGAAGCAACGGAUUAGAAAGAGAGAUGUUCAGUGCUUGUUUACAGCACUGACUGGUUGCCUGCCUGAGAGCUCUGAUUGAAAAACAUCUGCCAAGAUGCCUGCAGUAUCCACCGGGGUCAAAGAGCUGUAUUUGUCCACAUCUCUGGGCGAACUCAACAAAAAGGCUGAAAUUAAGCCGGACAAGACAAGCACCAGAAGCUAUGUUCAGAGUGCCUGCAAAAUCUUCAAGGCGGCAGAGGAGUGUCGUCUGGACAGAGAUGAGGAGAAGGCUUAUGUGCUGUACAUGAAGUAUUUAACAGUAUAUGACAUCAUCAAGAAACGGCCCGACUUCAAGCAGCAGCCGGAGUAUUACAUGACCAUGCUUGGGCCAAACAGCUUUAAGAAAGCCAUUGAGGAAGCCGAGAAGUUGUCUGAAAGCCUUAAGCUCAGGUAUGAGGAAGUUGAGGUUCGGAAAAAACUUGAGGAGAAGGAGAGACAAGAGGAGAAGAAGAGGAAGGAGGAAAUGACAGAGAAAGAUGGUGGUCGGGGCUCUCCAAAAGCAUCCUCUGCCAACAAGAAGGACAGCAAAAAGGUGAAAGGAGAGCAGAAUGAACUGAAGAAUGUAAUUUCAAAAGCUGCGCUGCCUGCUGGUGGGAUCACAGCUGAGAAACUUUUCCACAUGAUGAAGGACCAGACAAUCACCAUAAUUGUCAUGGAUGCCCGCAGCCACAGCGACUAUGAAGAGUCUCACAUUCAGGUUCCAGCCCAGAACUGUGUCAGCGUGCCUGAGGAGGCCAUUAGCCCCGGAAUCACUGUGAAUCAGAUCGAGGCAAAACUGCCAGAAAUGUCCAAAGAGCAUUGGAGACGGCGGGGACUUGUGGAUUAUAUCAUCCUGCUGGACUGGUUCAGUUCUGUCGCUGACCUUAAAUUGGGCACCAUCUUGCAGAGCCUCAAAGAUGCCCUCUUUAAGUGGGACAGCAUCACCAUCCUGCGUAGUGAGCCUCUGGUGCUGGAGGGGGGUUAUGAGAACUGGCUGUUGUUUUACCCCAUGUACACGACCAACGCUAAAGUUCGACCCCCUAGACAGACUAUUAUUAACACUCUCCCUCAGUUGAACUUUAGUUAUCCAUCCCUUGAGGAACCAAAGCCUCUGACUCCACCUCCACCAGAGCCUGAGGUUGCACCUGAGCCUCAGGAACCAUCAGCUCCUGCACUGGUGAACGGUGUCGCACCAGCAGAACCUCCCACAUCCAAAACUUCCAUGGUUGCUGACAGGUUGCCAGACACUGUUGAUUCCCCCGUCACAGGCGCCACAAGUUCUGGGCUAGACCCUGGUAAGAAGGGCCCUGUGACGGGGGCGUCCAGCCAGUCACCUGCAACAGCCAAGGCCUUCCCACAGUUUGACCGCACCAAAAAACCUGCCGGCGGGGCGUCGGAUGAAUCUAAACCCAGCCAGAACGGGUCGGCGAAGGACCCCGCCCCGAAUGGCCCAGUUAUCCCCGACCGCUCAGCCAAACCAUCCUUCACCCCCAACACUGGUCUGUCUAAAGAAGAACAAAGUCAGAUACACUCUGAAGCAGUGGCACUGAUGGAGAAGGCAAGACAAGAGCAGGAAAAACGCAACCAGGAGCGUCGUUUAGAGGACGAGAGACGAGAGAAGGAGCAGAGAGACAAGGAGUUGAAAGAGAGGCUGGAAAGGGAGGAAAGUGAAAAGAGGAAGAAAGAAGAGGAGGAGAAAAGACAUCAGGAUAAAAAGAGACUGGAGAGACAGAAGGCAGAAGAAGAGGAGGAGGACAAAGAGAACAAAGUGCGGAACGAGAAGGAGAGGAGGGGAAAGGAGCAGAACUCGGACACACCCUCCAAGAGUAUGUCUCUGGAUUCACCUGCACCCAACCACAUUGUUAGUGAAAUAAAGAGGGAGCCCCUGACCAGAGCAAGGAGUGAGGAGAUGGGCAGGAGUGUGCCAGGCCUUCCAGAUGGUUGGAUGAAGUUCCUGGACACAGUGACAGGGACCUACCGAUACUACCAUUCCCCAACCAAUCGCGUUCACCUGUACCCCCCUGAGGUCACCGUUCCCCAGACACCGCCCUCCACGCCGCCGACAGUCAAACAGAAACCCCCACAACCAGCUGAGCCGGACACCAGCCGUGAACGAGAGCGGGAACAGUCAAAACUGAAACGCUCCUACUCCUCGCCGGACAUCAGCCAGGAGCUGAGAGAGGAGGCUCAGAAGAAGGCCGCCGCCCCGACCACCGCUGCCGUCAUACCUACCAUCAACAGAGAAACCAAGCCUGCCAUCACUAAAGUCUACUCUAAAGUGGAGAUUGUUCGGCCUUCGGCAGCCAAAAUUCGCAACCUGAAUCCUACAUUCGGGGGUCUGGGUGCAUCGCUGACUGGCCUUCGUAACCUGGGCAACACGUGCUAUAUGAACUCUAUCUUACAGUGUCUCUGCAACACCCCUGCCAUGGCUGAUUACUUCAACAACAACUACUACUUGGAGGAUAUCAACAGAUACAACAUUCUUGGCCAUAAGGGCGAGGUGGCCGAGGAGUUUGGUGUGAUCAUGAAGGCGCUGUGGGCCGGACUGUACAAGUUCAUCAGUCCACGAGACUUCAAGAUCACCAUAGGAAAGAUCAAUGAGCAGUUCUCUGGCUACGAUCAGCAGGACUCCCAGGAGCUGCUGCUGUUCCUCAUGGAUGGACUCCACGAGGACCUCAACAAGGUAGCGGACAACAGGAAGCGGUACAAGGAGGAGGAAAACGACCAUCUGGACGAUCAGACGGCGGCCGACGUGGCCUGGAGCAAACACAAGCUGCUGAACGAGUCCAUCAUUGUAGCGCUGUUCCAGGGGCAGUUCAAGUCCACUGUGCAGUGUCUGACCUGCCAUCGCAAGUCACGGACAUUUGAGACCUUUAUGUACCUGUCGCUGCCUCUGGCCUCCACCAGCAAGUGCUCCCUGCAGGAUUGUCUGAGACUAUUCUCCAAAGAAGAGAAGCUGACCGACAACAACAAAGUGUUCUGCAGACACUGCAAAGCCCACAGAGAUUCCACCAAGAAACUGGAGAUCUGGAAGGUCCCACCUAUUCUCCUGGUGCACUUAAAACGGUUCUCCUAUGAGGGUAGAUGGAAACAAAAGCUGCAGACAUCUGUUGACUUCCCUCUAGAUAGCCUGGACCUGGCUCAGUACGUUAUCGGACCCAAACAGACCCUGAAGAGAUACAGCCUUUAUGGAGUUUCUAACCACUACGGGGGUUUGGAUGGCGGCCACUACACAGCCUACUGUAAGAACGUCCUCAAGCAGCGCUGGUACAAGUUCGACGACCACGAGGUGUCUGACAUCUCCACCUCCUCCGUCAAGUCCUCCGCAGCCUACAUCCUGUUCUACUCCACCCUGUGAUGCUGCUGUGGGGCAUGAAAGGAGAACACUUCACCAGGGCGGCACUGCUCAAGCCUAGAGGUCGCUUUUUUUCAUUUCUAAAAUCACAGCUCUGAGGACCUGGUGCACGUAGCUGCGGGUUAACUGGUCGUGAAUGUGCACGAGAGGACGCACUCGAGCGAGUGGCUGCGAGAUCUUGUCUGUCCCAGAUCGAUGAAGGGUGCAGGCUCACUGUGCAAUGCUUCAGCUACUAGAGGACCCUAUAGCUGUUAAAACAUGCCGUCUGUUCACAUUACUGAUGAUCUAGAGACUAAACAGAUGCUCCUUUUAAUCUGACUUCGAUCCCAUGGUUGUGUUGUAGGGCUGACAGCUGGUUCAGAUGCUAUUCACUCUCAUUUCCGUCGCACUCUGUGUGGAUGGCAGUAUGGCAGAACUGAUUUUCAGCUUUCUUGUACCGUGCACAAACAGGAUUAACAGUUAGAUGGCAUGUACAUACUUACCAAUGCUGAUGUUGCACAUUCGAAAAUGUAAAUACUUGAGGGCAAGGUGUUUAUCUGUUAAGUGACCAAAUUAUUAUUUUUUUUCUUGAAAGUAGCAGCCAUCAUAAUAUCACCAUAUUCAUAAAGACAGACCAUGUGUUGUAGGGGUUAGCCUUCUGAUGUUUAACAUGAUUAGGGCGACAGAAGAGACGGAGUGAUUUUUGCAUUCCUCCUGAGCAGAGGAGGUCAUUUAGAUUGUUGCUUGUUCAUAUUAGCCACAUUCUUGCACUUAUACAAUAUGCAAUCAGUUUAAGUUCUUUAUGUAGGACACAUUAUUUAACGGCAGACAUUAAUACUCAACUCCAAAUGCUUUAAAACGAUGCUGAUGCUGAGAUCUUGUCCGUCUUGCUCGGUCCAGCCGGUGACAGAACACCCUACCUGCUUCCAUAAAGUUUAUUCUCUGUUAAACAUACUUAACUCUUGACAUUAUUAUAAUCAAACACUAUUUAGAGGAAAAUUUACAGGGAUAGGUUGACAUCCUCCUUGGCUUAUACCACCACUGAUGCUGUUUUUGUUUGCAAGGAGGCUGGAUUUUUGGUUUAUCUAAUUAAUUUUUGUGUUCAGUACUGAGCCAGAGAAUAUGAAGACGUGAGAAAUUGACCUUAUUCACUUACAUGAGUGCAUUCGUGACAGAAUUUGCUGCCUGAUUUGACUGACCAAGAGACUGACAAGAGCAAGCACAAAGUAAAACUGAUCUUUUUUUCCUUUUGUUUUUCUGAAUGGACCAGAGAUGUGAAAUGGCAGGAUGUGACUCUCUACUUCCUGAGUACAGUUUUAUCGCCUAGCAUGAGAUCAUAAUCUGUUUUCUUUUCACUUGUACAUGUUGAUUUUAUUUCUUAACGUUCUAAAAGACUUUGUUUCAGAUAUAACGAUUAUAUUAACUUCAAACAACUCAUAUGACUAUUUAUUAAAACUGCUUCAAGUUA